AUGUUGCCCAGGGGAGCCUCGUCCAUGCCGCCGCCUCCCAACCCCGCUGCCUACUUCCCGCCCCCCCGGGUCACUUUGCCCUCCGGCCUGGAGAUCCUGCGCACCUACUCGGGAGCCGUCAUCUUCCUGGAGAUCCUGUUUGGAACAAUAGUCUGGAUUUUGGUAGCUUCUACCCGAGUUCCACUACCACUGCUGCAGGGAUGGGUAAUGUUUGUAGCAGUGACUGCGUGGUUCCUGUCCAUUGUGUUCCUGUGUGUCUUCCUCUUUGGUUAUGCAAAUAGAAUUGCCGUCAACUGGAACCAGAUGGAUUUUCUUUUCCAUGGGGCUACUUUUGUCUUUUAUUUUGGAGCUUUUCUACUGCAAGCAGCAACUACAUCUCUGCAUCACUUUCCCCGCAAAUUCAAUUCCACCACACAAGAGAAGAUACUAGCUGAUCAUGAAUAUAACAUAAGCAUAGCAGCCUCGAUUUUUGCCUUCGCAACAGCUGUUUGUUAUGGUUGCAGCACAGCCCUGGCAUUAAGGAGAUGGAGACUAUAG